AUGAUCAUACUAUUAGCGCUUAUUAUUACUACAUCGUUUACUACAGUACUAAGUCGUUACUGUGUUGAUGACAAAAAAGGUUGGUGCCGUGGUCACGAUAUCUGGGGUUGGUGUUUUCAUAAUAAAACCGACGGUCGAUUCGAUUGUGACGAGGAAGGUUUUUGUGCUGGACAGGAACAACUGAAGAACAAGAAGAGCACAGGAUGUUUCCUACGCGGAAACAAUACCGUAUGCUGUUGUAAUGAAGCAGAUGGAUGCAAUCUGGGAUUCAUCUCAAUCGCUCCAAAAUAUGCAGUAGGUCAGCAAUGCGCGAACACCAUCGAGGAACCGAAUGAGGAUUUGAAAAUCUUCAAAGCAUGCGAGGAUCCGUGGUGUUUUGCAUAUUUGUCAGCUGAAAUCGAUGUGGGACUAACAUCGGUUCAACGUGGUUGUCGAUCACGAAAAACACUCGUUCAUCAUAUCGCGAAGGAUCAGUAUACGAAAUUUAAAAACAACACAAAUUGGAUGGAUACGGAACGCCUUGUGAGUCUACCGACGUGCGCCGAUAUCACAUGGGGUGCCGAAUGGAUCAACGGGACUCAAUCGAUGUGUCUUGACUUCAACUUUGAGGAGGAUGACGUUGAGAAGAAAGGCCGUCUAUGCUGUUGUCGUGGUAAUCAUAAAUGCAACGAUCGUUUUAUGUGGGGUGACGAAGGGAUCACAAAGGAAGAACUUAGUGAAAUUCUACAAAGACGUGAUAGGGUUGUGAACGUCAGCAGCAGAAUAUCAGCAACUGCUGCAGUUUUAUUAGCGCUAUAUUUUGUUACGUAA